AUGAGGAUUCAUUUAAAGUAUUUUCGUUGCUUACAUUCCGUGAAAAGUGUAUUCCCACGACCAAUAAAUGUUACACUGUCAAGGAUUGACGGUGAUCUUUGUGCUGAGGCAAAUUUCAACCCAGAAUUUUUCGAAUUAUUCGAAAGUUUUCUGCGAGUACUGUUGGAUUUCUUACACAGAUUGCUUGAGGGAACCCCCAAAACUGAUGUCAAAAAGUCAUUGACUGUAUUGACUAUGCAAACAAAAUGCUUGCAGUCUAUGGCUAAGUAUCUUGGUUAUGGAGAUGACAUAAGCAGGGCCAGCCACCUCGACGUUGUAUUGACCAUGUUACAUAAAAUAGAAAAUAACAUGAAACACGGGCGAAAUAUCACCUAUGAUGCCAAAUAUCUACGCUCUGUUUCAACGAAUGUGGACAAUUUCUUCACGAAACAAUUCGAGAGUAAGUUCAAAUGGAUUUUUGUUAUUUUUUUACGUUCCCAGUGGAACAAAGGACUUCAAGCUAGAGGCUUGAGGUUUCGGUAGCAGUAGUGUUUUUCAUUAUACGGGAUGAUUUUGCUGGCCUCAUCUCCAACCAUCUCUCUCUCUUCACCAAUCUUAUUACUGGGUUAGCGAGUUCGUCGACCGGGGAUUGAACCACGGACUAUAUGCGUGGACGGCAAGCAUCCUACCAUUGUGCCACCGACGCACACUUUACAAAUGAAUACCGAAUAAUUAGGCCUAAGGUUGGAUAACUAUAGAUAAAUGAAUAUAAUACAAUGAUCACUAGAGAAAUGCACUCUUCCUAUAUACAGUUGAUAAGAAUGUUGGAAAUUCUUAAACCGAAGCCAAUUCGCUCACUCAUAUUUAUGACGAAUCGUUUGUAGGGAAUUCUGUUGUAAUUGAUUCAAAAAUCAUUUUAUUUUUCAUGCACUAUUCAUCUUGAAAGAAGUUAGGUUACCUAAUGUUGCUUCUGAUAUCGUUAUUGUGAUUUAUACUUUAAACAUCUGAAACAGCCCAAUCUAGUAUUUUCUUUUGCAUGCAUUAUUGUUUUCAGAAGAGAGUUGUAUGGGUAAAUUAAACGAGUGAGUAGAUAAUUUAUAGUCAAAUUAUUUAAUGCACAGUAGGCAAUCACAGUUGAAGAAUUUAAAAAUAGAUCAAAUUUAGUGUGUUUAUCCACUCAUUUCUCACCAUUAUAGACUCGAAGUUCCAAUGCAUAGGAAAACUCGGAAGCAUUGCUAAUACACCAAAAUGUGAACUCAUAGGUGUCAUAUAUGUAACCAGUGGCUUGAUAGAUACAAGCACUCAUGAUGCUGACGGUAAUAAAAUGACAGAAUCCUGAUAUAAAACAUAAGUGUCCAAGACUGACAUAUCAGCUUUCAGCUAAGACACCUUCACUAAUACAUUGAAAAAGUCACUACUUCAGUCAAAAUCCACUUUUGCAAAUUUCUGGAAACUCAGCUAAAAUGCUUUAUGAUAUGGUGUGGAUACUGUUAAGUGAAUGGUAUCAAGAAUUAAUGUCUCCAAGUAUCAAUUUGUUGGGAUUUGAUUGAUUGGUUACAGGAUGUCAUCAUGAGCUGAGAACCAUUGGAAAACCUGGAAGUACUGGACAGCUAUUUCAUUCUAGUUUGAGACUCUUUAUCAGUACGUACCCUCCGCCUGAGUUCGACCCCAGGACUUUCUGGUUACAAGGCGAGCUUGUAGACCAUUAAGCCACCGGGACCCAAUCCAAUGGCCCUAUUCAGGUAGGUAAUUACCUGGGGUUCUAGUGGGAAGUCGCGACAAGUAGGUUGCAGCAUAUCGGACGUGAGGGCAAAUACUCGCCAAAGACAUUAGCUAGUGGCCGCGGUAUUUCAUGAAUUCACAGAAGUUAGAAAUCAUGGGGCACUGGAUCGGGUCCCAGUGGCCUAGUGGUCUACGAGCCCGCCUUGUAACCAGAAGUGUUUCCCAGCUCAUGAUGAAAUCCUGUAACCAAUCAAUGUAUCCUUUGGCCUAUGUAAGUAAAUGCAGAACAACAGCCAGAACAUUAAUUAUGAAACAUUUCCAUUGGAUUUCCUUUCUCUUCGUCUGAAAAGUUCAAUCAAUAAAUUUCGGAUUUAUAUGAAUGUCAGAAAAACCAACAUUCUUCAGUCAAGUGACAAUUGGAAAAAGUGUAUUCUAAUUAUUUCCACGCUCACUUAUCGAAAUACAUUAAUGAAUCGACAACAAAUGAGAUUACAGUCAUACUUGGUAAAAUAAUUAAGUAUGAACACAACAUUUCUCCACUCUUAUGAUUACAAGACCACUGAACAAACUUUAACAACAUUGUCUGUAUCGAUUACUGUAAGGAAGCGUAAAUAAAGUUGAGAAAAGACACUAAUUAUUCCAUGUGAUUACUUCUCUAACUGAGAGGUUACGUAAUAUGCGUUUGAAGGGAAUAUUCCAUUUUUUAAUUACUAUGUUGCAUUCUAUUUCAUUUUACAGGUAGCCGCUAAUGACGAAUUCGU